UGUGCAAAGAACCAAUUAAAGAGGCGGGGACCGAAAUGUCUGUUCCUAAUAUAACAGAAAAUUCUGUCGGCACCAUCGUAACCUACUCGUGCAAUGAUGGAUAUUAUCUGAACACGACCGAGAAGUUCCCGGGUAACUCGACGGCCGUGACCGUUACUUGUGAUGAUGGCAACUGGACCUACGGCCGUGACGACCUUCAGUGCGUCACGAUUUGCACGGACGAGCCUCCGGCCCCCAUCGGUUCCGCUAACUCCAGCUGGAAUAACUACACCCGUAUUAAUGGAACAACAGUGACGUACUCGUGUCCCAACAAUGAAAUCUUCGGGAACAUGAAUUCAACUUUGAAUAUCACGUGUGUCAAUGGAACAUGGACUUUUUUCGAAGAGUUUUACAGAACCUGCAGCGUCCCCUGCAACAGCAACAGCCCACCAGAGACCAUAAACAACACGAUUAGAGCAAAGAACGAAGGCUUCAGAGAGUACGAGAAAAUACGCUACAACUGCCCCCCUAACACCGCCAGCUUGCUGGGUGAACGUUACAUAGAACUGCAGUGUCAGCCCGGCUCAGUCUGGAACGUCACCUCCUCCACUAACGAAACCAUCGAGAAAAUCUCAAGAAGGUUCAAAUGUUUAGAUUCGUGCCCAGGACCCGCAGUUGCGCCCAACACCAACUGGCAGAGCAACUGGACUUCAGAGUUCGUGAAUGGGACGGUGAUCUACUACACUUGCAACAGCAUCUCCUACCCCAACACCUCAUACCUACUUUCGGGGGAUUCCGGCGAUGGCCGAAGCGCCUCCGACAUCCUUUGCAUGGGUUACCAAAACACGUCCUACUGGCAGACCGAGGGCGGCCACGUGUCCUGCAAUGUGACACGGGACAGCCAAACGCUCAUCAACACGUGUAGCAACAACUCAUGGACCUUCGUCGGUAUUCCAUAUUGCCUGAGUCUUCUGCCAUCCACUGGCUGCUGAGAUCGAGAUGAUAAAUAAGCCACGUCCUCUCAUACUGACCAGCAUAUCAUGCACUGAUUUUAUUUAAUAUCAAAAUUAAGCGAUACAAUUGCGAAAAAUUUAGUAAUUAUCUUUAUUUUAAAUUAACUCCUGUUCAUUUUGCUACCUGUUUAACAAUUUUUGUCUCCAUGCUGCAGGUGCCCAAUUUCUCUGUAUUUAUUUUCUUUAAUUUACUUAUUCCUUUAUUUAAUUUUAUUUAAUAAUUUUUUAACUUACUUGUUGAAGAGUGCGCGUGUGAAUGAAUGUAAUGAAGAUGAUGCUUUAAAGUGAUUGAGAGUGCAGUUAUUAACGUAGUCUUGUGUUGUGUUAGACGCAUAAUGACCAUGACGCUCCGUCAUCGCCUCAAUAAUCCACUUCAAGCAUUGUUUGU